CUCAAUUGACAUGUUUCUACUGGUUAUUAGGUGGAAGUGAUUUUGGUGGUUUUAUGUGAUUUGUUAAUUUUUGUUUGCAAUAAAGCGUAAAAAUGUCCGAAGACGAAAUGGAAAAGUUUGAAAUUACUGAUUAUGAUUUAGACAAUGAAUUUAAUAUGUUCAGAAAACGGAAAGGGAAUAGUAAACACCAACAAAUAUAUGGAAUAUGGGCAGAUGAUAGUGAAGAUGAGGAUGAUGGAAAAUCAAAAACAUAUAAAAAUAAUAAAAAGGGACCUAAAAAUUAUACAGCCCCUAUUGGCUUUGUAGCUGGAGGUGUCCAGCAAGCUGGCAAGAAGAAAGAGUUAAAGUCUGAAAAUGUUAAAAGUGAUGAGUCAGAUGAAGAGAAACCCACUACAUCAUUUAAGAGAAAUUCCAGUGACUCAGAAGAUGAAACUGUUACAAGACGUGGUUUUGGGUCAUCAUCAUCAAAAGCACCAGUUCAAUCAACAGUAACUGAUGUAACAGGAGAUAUAGCAGGUAUGAGGAGUGCAAGAAGAUAUCCUCAAAAUGCAAAUUUGAUCAAUAAAGGAGUAGGAGGUUGGGAAAAACAUACAAAGGGUAUAGGAGCAAAGCUUCUGCUUCAAAUGGGAUUUCAGCCUGGAAAAGGUUUAGGAAAAGAUUUGCAAGGAAUAUCUGCACCUGUUGAAGCACAUCUAAGAAAAGGUAGAGGUGCUAUUGGGGCUUAUGGUCCAGAGAAGCCAGCAUCUAUACCAAAGUUGAAGGAGGAGAUAAAACGUGAAGUUGAUAAUGGAGACAAGAAGUGGAAGAAGGAAGAUGGUGUAAAUAAGAAUAAAACUAGAUAUUAUUAUAGAAGUGUUGAUGAUGUGAUUGAACAAGACAAGAAGCAUGGAGUAUUUAGGAAUUUGGGAAAUUCAAGUGAACUAUCAAAGGUCAAAGUAAUUGAUAUGACUGGACCUCAGCAAAGAGUUCUCAGUGGUUAUCAUGCAUUAAGUGGUUUAAAAGCUCCACCUGGGGUUGAGCAUUAUGAAGAUGUUUUACACAAGAAAUGUUCCAACUUUUCUUUGCCAGAAUUACAACACAAUUUGGAUGUUUUAGUUGAAAUGCAUGAACAGGAAAUCAUAAAAAAUGAUAGAGACGCGAGGUACAGUCAUGAUCGAAUUGUAGCGUUGGAGCAAGAAGAAGCACAAUUGAAGAAUGUAAUACUUCAAGAGGAUAAAGAUGUCAAAAAGUUAAAGUCUAUUUUGGAUGUUGUAACUGAAUUGGUUGAUCCAUCUUCUGGGCUUUCUUUGGGACAAGUUGCUAAAAACUUUAAAGCUCUUCAGAGUGAACAUUACGAUGAAUAUUGCCAGUAUGAACUAGGCGAAUUAGCACCAGGUCUUGUUGGACCUCUGUUAACAUCAGCUAUGGCUAGUUGGUCUCCUUUGAAUCAACCCAAUCUUUAUAUAGAUGUAUUCGGCCAAUGGAAGGACUUACUGAGCACUCAACGUGGGACUAUAGAAGGUAAUAGUAUGGGAAUACUGCCGUAUGAUAGUCUCUUAUGGCACACUUGGGUGCCUGUAAUGAGAACUUGUGUUAGUGCAUGGUCUCCAAGGGAUUCGGAUUCGCUGAUAACUGUCAUGGAAACCUGGUUACCUCUAUUACCUCCCUGGAUAUUAAAUAAUCUUUACGACCAACUUAUUAUACCUCGUUUAGUACAAGAAGUCUCCAGUUGGGAUCCACUUACAGAUACAAUUCCAGUACAUACAUGGGUUCAUCCGUGGAUUCCGUUAUUAGAUAAACGUUUGGAAGUUCACAUUUAUCCAAUUAUUCAAGAAAAAUUGGGAACAGCUUUAGCAAGCUGGCAUCCAUCGGACGGGUCAGCCAAGUUUAUAUUAAGACCAUGGCAGCGGGUUCUACCAGAAGGUUCAUUUGUUACCUUCCUCGUGAAACACAUUGUUCCCAAAUUGCAGUUAUGUAUGCAAAGUUUGGCUAUAAAUCCUCAUCAGCAACAUUUAGGUAGGGGAGAUGAUGCGUGGAAAUGGGUUAUGGACUGGAACGAUAUGCUAUCCGUUGGUAAUAUGACUUUAAUAUUAGACAAAUAUUUCUUUCCGAGGUGGUUGCAAACACUCGCUAUGUGGCUUAACCAUAAUCCGGACUACACUCAGGUCACAGAAUGGUACACUGGAUGGAAAAGGAUGAUAUCCGAUAAUCUUUUGGCCCAACCAACAAUAAAAGAAAACUUUCACAAAGCACUAGAGUUGAUGAAUCGUGCUGCUAGCUCAGGGCAACAACCGGGCGCCAAAGAAUCAGUCUCUUACUUGACAAAUAUCGAAACAAAUGUACCUCCGCCUCCUCCACCAAGAAUCGAUACAUUUCAAGAAGCAGUGCGUUCAGCAUCUUGCAUUCCGCAAGGUUACAAAGAUCUUAUUGCGAAGAGGUGCGAAGAACGAGGAAUUCUCUUUGUACCUAUUCCUAAUAAAUACCAUGAAGCAAAGCAAGUCUACCGCCUUGGUUCGAACGGAACCCAAUGUUACAUCGACAGGAAUGUUGUAUUUUAUACUAGGGAUAAUUCUAAUUGGCUUCCAACGUCACUAACUAGAUUACUAGAUAUGGCAUAAGAAUAACUUAUUUAUUGUAAAUAUUUUAUCAUUAAACAAUUUUCA